AUGAGUUCAUGCAUAUUGUGGUUGCUUUUCUUGCAAGUGACUGUGCUCUCUUUUUCCAUCACGUUACAUGGAGGAAAUGAGACAGACAAACUCUCUUUGAUUGCUUUCAGGGCUCAAGUUCCCUUUGGAAGGAUGAACUCUUGGAACGAAUCAGUACACUUCUGCGAGUGGCCAGGUGUUACAUGUGGACGUCUGCAUCAGAGAGUUGUAGAGCUUGACCUUCAUUAUCGACUGAUGUUGAACCUGGGAUCAACUCUUUUAAUUAGUGGUGAAAUCCCAGUCAACAUUUCAAGUUGCUCGAAUCUCCUGAAUCUUGAUUUGGAGCGUAACAAUCUUACUGGUAAGCUUCCUGCACUACUUAGGAUUAGCGAGGCUUCACCAGAAGUUUCCGGUCAAUUAUCUUCUGAUCAGACCAGCUCUGUUGGUUUAAAAGGCACCAUUGGCUAUGCAGAACCAGAUCUUGCGGCUGUGAUUGGUUUGAUCUUGAAGUUGAUCGGACGAUCAGGAUUGAAUGGGCUACGAUCUGGUGUGUCGCGGUGUACCGAGUGA